AUUUCCGGUUACGUCAGGGCGUAAGGACUCCAUUAGAGCUGCAGCUGUUUGGAGAGAAACAACAACAAAAACGGGCGAACUGUCAGGGCCGCCGGAGUGACAGUCCGUCCACAGCCCGACAACGAGCCCUCAAUCCUGGAAGCGCAACCUCCAUUUCCCACCCGGAGCUCCGCCGGCUUCUAACCACGGCCGCUCUCGGUGAGGAAACUCUGGCCUCCGCUUCCUCCUCCUCCGACUCGGACACCGGCGGAGCGUCGCCGCCCCCGCGGAAGAAGCACCGAGCCUCGGCGGCGGAGGGAGCAGGAGAGCCCGGGGCUUCAGCAGUUGUUACAGGCCUCUCCGGAGUUGCCCUAGGACUUGCUUCGCACUCCCCGCACUCUCAAGCCACCUCCGCCAUCCAGUUCAACCGUAGCGUCGUCAAUAUCCUCAGCGGCAGCAUGCAGGCAAACGGGGCAGGACAGGGACAAGAAUCCUCGGAGCUUUCCUGCUUAAAUAGUGCACAAAACGGGGAGUCAUCCUCGGCCGGCGGAAGCCACUCAAACGGUCUCCUCUCCAGCACAGACAACGGGAACAGUGUCGGUACCAGUAACGGGUCCUCGAGCGGGCCCGGUUCGGGGACUUCGUCCACCUCCACGACUUCGGCCUCCGAGGUCGGUUCGCUGAAGAAGAAGAAACGACUCUCGCAGGCGGAGGAAGAUGUCAUUCGACUAAUAGGGCAACAUCUCCACGGACUGGGGCUAAAUCAGACAGUGGACCUGCUGAUGCAGGAGUCAGGCUGCAGACUGGAACAUUCGUCGGCUACCAAGUUCCGCAACCAUGUCAUGGAGGGGGAAUGGGACAAGGCUGAGAAUGAUCUCAACGAGCUGAGAGCACUGAUGCAUUCUCCCAAUGCUAUUGUGCGUAUGAAGUUCCUGCUGCUGCAGCAGAAGUACCUAGAGUAUCUGGAGGAUGGCAAAGUCCUGGAGGCUCUGCAGGUGCUGCGGGGAGAGCUGACGCCUCUCAAGUACAACACAGAUCGCAUCCACGUUCUCAGCGGGUACCUAAUGUGUAGCCACGCUGAGGAUCUGAGGGCUAAGGCGGAGUGGGAGGGCAAAGGCACCGUAUCACGCUGCAGACUGCUGGACAAAUUACAAACAUACCUGCCACCGUCUGUGAUGCUGCCCCCAAGGCGGCUGCAGACCCUGCUGCGGCAAGCGGUGGAGCUGCAGAGGGACCGCUGCCUGUAUCAUAACACCAAGAUGGACAGUAACAUGGACUCUGUCUCUCUCCUCCUCGAUCAUGUCUGCAGCAGGAAGCAGUUCCCUUGUUACACGCAGCAGAUUCUGACGGAGCACUGUAACGAGGUGUGGUUCUGCAAGUUUUCAAACGAUGGCACCAAACUUGCCACUGGCUCCAAAGAUACCACUGUCAUAUUAUGGCAAGUGGACCCGGAGAGCCACCAGUUGAAGCUGCUGCGAACCCUCGAAGGUCACGCGUACGGAGUCUCCUACUUAGCCUGGAGUCCCGACGACACCUAUCUGAUCGCCUGUGGACCUGACGACUGCUCCGAGCUCUGGCUCUGGAAUGUGCAGACGGGGGAGCUGCGGAACAAAAUAUCCCAGUCCCAUGAAGACAGUCUGACCAGUGUGGCCUGGAACCCCGAUGGCAAACGCUUCGUCACCGGGGGACAGAGGGGGCAGUUUUACCAGUGUGACCUAGAUGGUAACUUGUUGGACUCCUGGGAGGGCGUAAGAGUACAGUGCCUGUGGUGCCUGAAUGAUGGCAGGACAGUGCUGGCGUCGGACACCCACCAGCGUAUCCGGGGUUACAACUUUGAGGACCUUACGGACAGAAACAUAGUUCAAGAGGACCACCCUAUUAUGUCUUUUACAGUUUCAAAGAAUGGAAGAUUAGCUUUGUUAAAUGUAGCAACUCAGGGAGUACACCUGUGGGACCUUCAGGACCGGGUACUGGUGAGGAAGUACCAAGGUGUUACCCAGGGCUUCUACACCAUCCACUCAUGCUUUGGAGGACACAAUGAGGCCUUCAUUGCAAGUGGCAGUGAAGACCACAAAGUGUACAUCUGGCACCGGCGUGGCGAGCUGCCCAUUGCUGAGCUAACAGGCCACACACGCACGGUAAACUGUGUGAGCUGGAACCCGGUCAUCCCAGGACUCAUUGCUUCCGCCUCAGACGACGGCACAGUGCGUAUUUGGGGCCCUGCGCCGUUCCACGACACGCAAGAGGCGGACGGACUCAACGAGAACUGCAGUAACAUGGACAGUUGAUGGUCACUCAUGGAGCAAAUGACAUCUCUCUUUGACAACAAUCCAAGAAUCCCACAGUGAAACAAAAUCUAAACUGGCAAAUAAAAUCCAACAACAGAAAUGAAGUCAAGAAUAACACAACAAAAGCCACCAAGACAAAAGAGUAAACAAAGAGCGAGACAAACUUGUCUCCUGACUGGCCUAGACAAAAUGAUGGAGGUGAUGACGGACACUCUGAAAUUUCAAGUCCUCAUCCAAAACUUGAUCUCGACCUAGAGGCCUGGAAACUCCGGUCAAUGCCCAGCGGGAAUACGUCCGCCAUCCAGUGGCGAGUUGUGACAGGCUGUUCUCCCCCUCCAACUAACCCUCCUCCCCUCCCCUGUCUCGCUGCAUGGUCACCUGCCAUGCCAGUUCCUCGCGGAGUUUCCCAGGAAACCCACCUCCACCUUGAGCUCGGCGCACAUCAAGUUCCUGUGACACCGCCUGACUGACACGGCAGACCAACCAUCUACCUAUUGGACUGCAUUUGUCUGCCUGUUUUGUCUCAAGUUACCUGUAAAAUGUCUCAAUGGACAUGGGUGGGGUGUUUUCGGGGCAGGAUGAUGCGUAGGGGGAUAUAGCAACACUUCUGUAUGUAUUUUUUUUUCUCCCCCCCCUUCUUGCUAUAUUCUUCACAUUGUUGGACAAAAGUCGAAAAUCCACGGUAAAAAAAAACAAAAACUGACCGACCAGCUGACAAAGAACACAAAAACAAGGCUAUGCUAAAUGUUGGAAAUUUAUUUUAAUGGUAGUCAUAGCAUUUAUUCUCAUUUAAGAGGUGAAUCUUAGCUCGAGUAGUGCCCUUGGAAAGCUUUAGCUUGAAGAUUCCACUUUCUGUUUCUCGACAUUAGGAAAACAAAACUUUUUAAUUACUUAAUUUAACUCCUAACAUGGACAGUCGCUGCAAUGUUUCCAACUGGACAGCCUCCCUCCACCCCAAAUAACAAAAAAACAACUCUUCUGUCGAGCUAGCUACCGCACAACUUCAUUACAUCUGCCUAAGAGGAGACGGACAGAGGGAUUACAGGUCACAUAUCAGCAGCGAGGGAGGGGGCAGACAUUAUCUGUGAGGGGGGUUUCCACUGUCUGGACAGAUCGCUAUGAUCCCUUCUCAAAAGAAAUGCAAGGGUUCAAGUGUGAUUUCGAUUGCAGGCCGUUGACUGCUGUCCCUCUGUGCGUGUUUGUGUGAGCGAGUGUGAGUGCGAGAGUUAAUGCAUGCACACAUCAAUGUGAGAGAUUACAUUUGUGGGUGCAGGUUUAAUUGGCUUGUGUGUUUUUGUAUGCGUGUUCAAUUCACACCAGCAAAAGAAAUACUCCCCCCUACGAUCCUUUAAUCCCAUAGUAAAAUUGUAAAGAGGAUUUUAAACCGAUUCUAAGUUAUCCAAAGCCCCGUAAGGACCUCUAUCUGUCGAACAAAGAAUACUUGAGAGCCAUUUUGUAAAAGAAAAACUUUUUUUAAUCUGGGGCUUUGUUUUUUUACAUUUGUUUGGUUUUUCUCCUUAACCACGUGGCAUUCAAACGGCACUGAGUUAUUGGCCUUCAAUCAUCUCUGUGGGGAGAAAUUUAGGAAAGAGCGAUUUGGUCUAGGCAUGUUUAAGAAAAAGAAAAGAAGAAAAAAAAGAAGCUGUUACGUGUUGUGUUUAUUAGCAAAGGGUUAUUUCUUAUGGGAAGUUCGAUGAUUGUAACGUACUGAAUGAGUAGUUAGCACGGCCCUAGAGAGAAGAAGGAGGCACCAAUAAUCAGAACCAUCCUCUGAGCACGCAGAGUUAGGGAGCAAAACACACACACACACACACACACACAAUACACAAACUGCCUUCCUGUUCAUACAGUUGCACACAAACCUUCAGUAUGUAUGAUACCCCUCCCUCCACCAGAUGUUUGGCUUUAAACAAGGCUGCUUUGGCAAAGACUUAAAAACGGACAGGAGAUUGCUGAAGGAAUCAAGCCCUCUCUAUGCAUCCAAAAGCAGUGACUGAUUAUUUCAAUGUAAAACUCUUGCAUUUAAAGCAUCAUGGCAGCCUCACCUGGAGGGUGCCACUCUUGGAGCUUAGAGAGAACUCAGCAUUAACUUCCCCGCCCCCAUUGCUCUCCAGCCAAGUACUUCAGUGGUCAGUGCACCAUUCAAAGCUUUCUUCCUCCCUUUUUCAGGGUAUGUAAUGACUAUUUGCUACAGACUGAUAUACAGUGAAAAUGUUUAAAAAACAGUGCUUUUCUGUCUGUUUUUAUUGAACUUUUUUGUUACUUAAAUUUUUUGUUCACAUUAUAUCAUUUUUUUUUUUUGGGUUGACCUUUAUCCCUGUAUGAUCAUAUUAAAAUAUAACCAGACACUUGGGAGUCCUCACUUUUUUUUUAAUCUUUGCAAAUCCCUCUAAAAUUUAUUUUAUACUUUGUUUUCUUUAGUAUUAAUUUUAUCGACCACUAAAAUUAUAAAUGAAUAUGCACAGUAACACCCAUGCCAAUAGGAAGAGUCUUUGUAGGAAGUGUGUUACCUAUAAUCAAAUCAGGUAUGAACUAUCCACCCCUCGCCUUUUUAAAGAGUUUCCUUCAUGUGAGAAUCUUCUUUAUCGCAUGUCUGUGUAAUUGAGCAAAAUCUCUCUUGGUCUGCCAUUGUUGAUUUGACAGUUGCCACUGCUCUGACCCGUAUCAAAGCCAAAUCACUUUAGAAACAACAAGUGUGACGGUCUGAUAUUCACAGUCUUGAACCCUCGACUCCCCGACUGCAGAACGGACUCCUCUUCCACACCCGACAUCAUUUCAGAAGACCCGAGGAAAAUCACAUACUAAUGAACCCCAACAUGAGUUUCAGUAAAGCCCAUCAUUCACCUGCUGGUGGCAAAUGCUAUGUCUGUAUGCAACCUGGUGUCUACUCUGUUCUUCUGUCUUGAGUUUACCAAGGGAGUUGUUUCUGAUUUUAAAUAUGUCUUAUUUCUCUCUCUGAGGUGAGGGUGGUGGUUGUGGGUAAGGGGCUGGGUGGGGAUUACUAAGGGCUUGCUGUAGCAUCUCUGAGUUCCUUGGGUGAGGGCGGGACGGGAUGAUGUGUGGGUUUUGCGUUCAGUGUGUUAUUUACAAAAGUGAUUGUACUGUUUUGUAUUGUUGUGUAGGAAAAGUGUUAUGUAUGCAUAUUUUCAAUAAAGCAUUCAGGGUUUUGAAAAAAAAGAAUAAGUAUAGUCCAUGGAAGUUUGAUCGGGCAGGAGCCUGUGAGGUCUACUUUUCAGAUGCAAAGUUCGGCCCAUCAGAUGCCAAUGGAGCAUUUUUCUCCCACUCACACCCCCACUGUGCAGAUCCAGCUCGGCCCUGAACCAAUGUCUUAGGAAAAAAGCAUGUUUCAUGGUGGAAUAACUGGGUUCGAAUUAUUGGUUUUGUGAAUUUAGUGUUGAUUUCUAAAUGUUUUGAAAGCAAUGUGUGGGGCCAGACCAGCUGGUGAGAGGGGAUCUCCAAUGCCAGAAUAAUUAGGAAUGACAAGAACAAUUGCCAAUAAAGUGACAUUAUUUUGAGUAA